CAUUAAACGACGUUUUUUUAAGUUUUUGUUCAAAAUGUGUUGGUUUAGUACAUUUUGUGUCACUAUUCCAGUCAUUCCAGUGCAUUUACAAAAAUUUCUCUGGCAACACUGGUCGGCGUCGCGGAAAAGAAGAUUUAAAUAAAAUAACCUACAAUCUACAAAUAUUUGAAAUAAACAAAACAAAAACUAUUUAAAUCAAUUUAAAUCUUAAAGAUAAACCACAUUGUCAAACUUUUAAUAUGAAUAUAAGCUACACUAGGUUGCUGAAGGAAGAUUUCGAUAAGUCUUGUAAGGAUCUAGCUUUAUAUCUUCUUGGGAAAAUACUAGUUCGUAAAUUACAAGACAACACAAUUCUGAAAGGGAGGAUAGUUGAAACUGAAAGCUACCUUAGAGGUGAAGAUAAGGCAUCACAUUCGUACAAUGGAAGACGGACUGAAGCAAAUGAACCCAUGUAUAUGCCAGCAGGUACCUGUUAUGUGUACAUGACUUAUGGAAUGUAUCAUUGCUUUAACAUAUCCAGCAGGGAACCAGGUGCAGCAGUACUUUUAAGAGCCCUGCAGCCUUUAUCAGGUUUUGAUGUUAUGGAGAAACACAGAGCUCAAAAAUCUAAAUCAAUAAAAAAUUUCAAACCUACCAAAUUAUGUGAUGGACCUUCGAAACUGUGCAUGGCAAUGGACAUAACUAAAGAAUAUAUCAAUAAAUUAGACUUAACCGAUUUAAAGAAUGAUAAAUUGUGGCUAGAAGAUGAUCCAGAGUUUGAACAAAAUUUUACAGUGGUGCAUUCAGCGAGAAUAGGUAUCAAUAGAGCAGAAGAAUGGAAUACAAAGCCACUUAGAUUUUAUAUUCUUAGUAAUGACAGUGUCAGUAAACGUGACAAAGCAGCAGAACUUCAAUACAAAUAAAAUUGUUGAAAGUAUUAUUUUUUUGUACUAUGUAUUGAAUAAUUUUUAUACUUUUAUACGUUUAAUUUAAGAUAUUAUGUGUUAUUAUUACUUAUUUUUUUUGUUAUCCAAGAUUUAAAAUGUUUUAUUUUUUUUCCUAUUUUUGUAUUUCAUCAGUAAACCAAAAAUAUAUGGAUGGUUUAGUCAUCA